AUGCCUGAGGAUGGCUUAACUGAAAUAUUUAGCAGAAACUCUACAAGACACGUUUUUUCAGAAACCUCCAUUAUAAGUCGUAAGGUGUCUGAAAAUAUGAGAGAUUCUUCUUCAACAACUAUUAAAAAUGAUAAAGUAGUUAAUGCAAUCGAAUAUAAUGUAGAUGCUGAAUCAGCAUCUGUAGAGUUUACUCAAAUUACUGAUUUAGGAGAAUGCAAGUCCAUAUGGCACAAAAUUUAUUAUAAUUAUAUUGUUUUAGAUAAAACUACUUUGAAUAUUAAAAUUAAAGAAUCUUUUUUUUUAUAA